GUACGAUAUCAUAAGAUGUAUACUUGGAAUACAGAGGAGGAAUGGAGGUCUAAGAGAGAGGGCUGUUCGUCUAAGUCGUUCAAGCUGUACUCCCCCAAGGAGCCCGGCCCUAACGGCAGUGCCUUCCCCCCCUUCCACCCCGGCACCAUGCUGGACAGGGACGUGGGGCCAACACCAAUGUACCCCCCGUCAUACCUUGAGCCUGGCAUGGGGAGACCAACACCAUAUGGCAACCAGACAGACUACAGGAUAUUUGAGCUCAACAAACGGCUACAGAACUGGACAGAGGACUGUGACAAUCUCUGGUGGGAUGCCUUCACCACAGAGUUCUUUGAGGAUGAUGCCAUGCUCACCAUCACCUUUUGUCUAGAGGAUGGGCCCAAACGAUAUACUAUCGGCCGGACGCUGAUCCCACGGUACUUCCGGAGUAUCUUUGAAGGCGGCGCCACUGAGUUGUUCUACACGUUGAAGCACCCUAAAGAGUCCUUCCACACUAACUUUGUGUCUCUGGACUGUGACCAGUGCACCAUGGUUACACAGAACGGCAAGCCCAUGUUCACACAGGUGUGUGUGGAGGGCCGUCUGUACCUGGAGUUCAUGUUUGACGACAUGAUGAGAAUCAAGACGUGGCAUUUUAGCAUCAGACAACACAGAGAAGUCCUGCCUCGCAGCAUACUGGCCAUGCACGUGCAGGACCCUCAGAUGCUGGAUCAGCUGGCUAAAAACAUCACAAGAUGUGGCCUGUCCAACUCCACACUCAACUACCUCAGGCUGUGUGUGAUCUUGGAGCCGAUGCAGGAGUUGAUGUCCAGACACAAGACCUACAGUCUGAGUCCCAGAGACUGUCUCAAGACCUGCCUCUUCCAGAAGUGGCAACGCAUGGUGGCCCCACCAGCUGAGCCGGCUAGACAAGCGCCCAACAAGCGGAGGAAAAGGAAGAUGUCUGGCGGCAGCAACAUGAGCGCUGGUGGAGGAAACAACAGCAAGAAGAAGAGUCCUGCAAACAACUUCCCUCUCUCCACACAGGUACCUGACCUGGUUGGAACAAAAACCUGUACACUGCCGGAGCUUGAGGACCGGAGUUGAGAACCGCUACGCUAAACCUAAAACACACACACACACACGCAACACAUACACACACACACACACACACACACACAACUCGCUCGCACGCACACACACACACAGACACUCUGAGGUACUGGAGAGAGAUCCUACUUCCCCACCUGGACCAGAGCACCAGGCCAUACAGAAGUGGGUUUUAAUUUUCUAUGUUUUUAGUUUGAUUUAAAUUUUUUAUUUUUAUAUCAAUUUCUAAAAAUGAAACAGACAAGCAAACAAAUAAAUGAAACAAAAAUACACCCCAGAAUAUUCUUUACUGUUUUCCACUAUCUUCAAUCUAUUUUUCUUAUGAAUUGAUGGUGUAUUUUGUUCUUUUUAUUAUGGCUUAUAUAAAGAAAUUGUAAAGCGUCAGAAACCUGUGACUGGAGAGGAGAAUCUACGGUAUGUAACUGUAUAAAUAUUACUGUUAGAUCAUUUGUAUUAUUGUCAUUAAGAUUACUACAUCUAUGUAAUAUUGAAUUGUCUAUGCCUGAUACAGUAUGUUGCCUGUCAGUGUCAGACAUGGUAAUGACGUUAUAACGAAUCCCAGUGAUUCGGAUCUGAAGGGAAAAGCCACCUCUUUUAAUGUCCAAGCCUGCACCUUAAACGGCACUAUAUUCCCUGUGAACUACUUUUGACAAUGACCCAUAGGGCUAUGGUCAAAAGUAGUGCACUAUAUAGAGCAGUGGUUCUCAAAUGUUUUUUUCCUGGGGACCCAAUUUGAACCAGGUCUGUUGCGGUCCAGUAUUUGCAUUGUGUUUUUUGUUGACGAAAUGCAUACUAUUUUCAAUGCUAUAUUGAUAGUAAAUAUAUCAAUUAUAUGACAAGGGAACCACAGUCCCACCUAAAUUAUUCAAUUAUGCCCAUAUUCUUGAAGAAUGUUAAACUCACUGGUUUGAGACUACAAAAUCAACCCAAUCUGCUAAAUAGUGCUGCUAAUAACACUAUAUUGAAAAUACUGUGAUUUUAAGAAAAAAUAUUUGAGGUUAAAUUAAAUAUAGGUUCAUUAUAAUUGUUCGUCGUUUAACUUCAGACUUGAGUAUGUAUUUUAUUUUUAACUCACACUCGCGCCCCAUUCAAAACCUCACAUGAGACCCACCAGUUGAGAAUCGCUGAUCUAGAGGAUAGGGUGCCUGUUGAGACCCAUCCCAACUCCCUGUCUACUUAUCUGCUCAGUACCUCACGUCCACACCUCAGACAGUACAGACACGUAUUUUCUCUCUUCGAUAUGCUACGAAAACUUUUGAAGACAAUUUUGGCACGGCAUUGUAAGAUAUAAGAAAACAACACAUUUUGUAUUGGCUUGCGUUUCCCAAUAAUUUGUAAUCACUAUUUUUGAAAGCUACAAACCAAGAAGCUACUUUGCAAGAUCCUUUUAAAUAUUGAUCCCCGAUAUGCUAUUUGUUUGUAUUACAAAUAAUUUUGUGCGCUUUUUCCUCAUGUUUUUGUGUCUUUGUGCUUGUAUAUUUAAGGUAGUUUCUGUAUAAUUGUUAUUCUAAGUAUCCUUCCUUAGAUCAACACCCUAUGGCAUCUCUCCAAUGUAAAGAUACUUUUUUUUUUUUUUACUGUUUAGAAAUUACAUUCAAGGGUACAACCACCAUUCACGAGAGCUGGCUAUGAAUUUUUGUUCUACAUACAAUUUAUUUAUUUUGAUGCCAAUGGCUAGGUUUCCAUCUACUUUGCGACAGAUUUUCAUGCGAAUAUUCUAAAAUCUGCAUAAAACAAUAUGCGGAUUUUCCUACCAGAGAUGUUUCCAUCAAACUGACUUUUUGCUGAUAAAAGGCUGUGCGCGAUGACGUGGUAGACAAAAAUAACUUAUGCAGUUAAAUUGUCAUGUAUUCAAGUUAAAUAGGUUUUCCAUUGCAUUUUCAACUCUACUGAUGGUUUUCUCACAAACAUUGUUGCGUUUAUAUAGCAAAUGUGUGCGCUCUGGUUUUGACACUUGCACUCUAGCCAACAGCACACAGAUACAGUGCGGGUAGGCUACCUACAUUAUAAGAUUAUGGAUAAGAGCGAUUUAAUAUUUUAUUGCUCAAACUGCAGCCAAGCAUCUAUCAUUUCACCAGAAUAAGACCCUCAAUAUUUAGUGGAAAGGAGCAUCAAGUUCAUCACCUUGCACAUUCACCACCCUAUGAAGUUCAUUUAUUUAAUCUGUAGCCUACUUUAAACUGCAUGGUUUCCCGAGUCGUCGUUGGAGAACCAUAUACCAUAUCAUCGCGUGACUCCCAAAUUUACUAAAAUAUUAUGGUUAUUAUAUCAAUAUUUGCACAUAAAGGUGUUUCACCCCCUUUGUCUUGCACAAUUCAUUUUAGAGACGCAAAAAGAUGCCACCAUGUCGAACAAACAAAUUGGCUGUCAGCUUUUAUAAAAUUGUACCAGCAUUUCCUGUUUCCAUCAGCCCUGUCAAUACUUUUAUGCGUCAGGUAAUUCAUCUGCAUGAAAUGGUUGGAUGGAAACCUGGUUAAUGAGUUUGCAAGUUCAUGUAGAAUAUGUAUGCCUUUGACCCCAAUGUCAUUUUGUAGGCUUUUCUGGCUCUGUUAUCUCAACUAUACUUCACAUUUUCAAUAACUGACCCCAAUGUCACGAUCAACAUUUAGAUGUCUGAAAAGACUAGAGAAUUUCAUUAUUUUCACAUGCUUUUACAUACGUUUCUCAUAGGUAACUUGACAUGAUUUUCAGUCAAGUCAAUAGGAAGAAAUCACCAUAGGAAAAAAAAGAUUAUAGAAAAAGGACUACUUAAAAAUAAAAUCUAUGUAAAAUCCAUCAGGACCUAAGUUGAACGAGUAAUGCAUUUCUCGCUCUCUAUAUAUAUAUAUAUUAAUCUUUAACGCUGCAUUGUUGAAAGACCUGUAAGUAAGCAUUUCACUGUUAGCCUACACCUGUUGUUUAGGAAGCAUGUGACAAAUAAAAUUUGAUUUGACAGUGAUGAAUGAUUCCUUUGCUUUCUCUGUACAUAACUUGGUGUAGAUACCUAGUUUCACCACCAGGGGUCUCCAGAGCUUGAGCAGCCCACAAGUCGUCUGCAGGAUCAACCCUCUUUCCUAACUCCCAAACUGUCUCUAAAUCCAUUCAGACAUCGCCAGACUUAACUGUAUAAUGUUUUCAACUUUCCAAUCAAGUUCUCUUCAGCAGGCUGACUGAAUAGAAACUGUGGCACGUCUCAAAUCACACCCUAUAUAGGGCACUAUCACGUAUAGCGCUGGUCAAAAGUAGUAGCGUCUGAGUGGUGUGAUGUACCCAUACAUGUCCCUGUUAGUGCAUCAUAGGCGUGGUUUGAUAUACGGUUUAUAUUAUAUUUUGCUGACUUUCUGCAAUUUAUUCAUGUAACGGUAUCAAUAAAGACACUUUCACUUAA